AUGAUGUACAUUAAUUUCUCAUAUGUUAUGGAUUUCAACGACGCUCUUCAGAUAGCCAUCGCCGACAAGUGCCUUAGCUUUGUGCUUUCUCUAAUAGUGUUGAGGGAGCUAACCACUGCAGAGAUCGGGAAACUAUUUUCUGUGACUUGUGUGGUUACUCGAACUAGCGAAGUGAGAACUGAGUUUAUUUUCGGGACCUUCAAGUGCUUAGAUUGUGGGAGCGUUAAUAAUAACGUUGAGAAACAGUUUAAGUACACACAAGAGACUUCUAAAGAAAUACCUGCUGGUUCCUUGCCACGGUCUUUGGAUGUCAUUCUGCGCCAUGAGAUUGUUGAACAGGCUAGAGCGGGUGACACGGUUAUCUUUACAGGAACGGUAGUUGUUAUACCUGACAUAUCAGCACUCGCGGCACCUGCAGAGAGAGCAGAAUGCCAUCGAGACUCAUCACAGCAGAAAAGUUCCACUGCAGAACAUGAAGGAGACAAAGGUCUCAAAGCUAUGGGGGUUAGAGAUAUGUCGUAUCGGCUUGCCUUUAUCGCAAACUCAGUGCAGAUUGCUGAUGGUAACAGAAACAUUGAUAUGAGGAACUGCCAAAAUGAUUCUAACGAAGAUGAUCAGCAGCAGUUCAUGGAAGAAGAGUAUACCGCAGGUAUAGUACCAAGAUCUGUGUAUGCCUCUGGAAAGUCCUCUUCUGCUGCUGGGUUGACUGCAAAUGUUGCUAAGGAACCAGAAACUAGUGAAUUCUGCAUUGAGGUCACCAUUCACGAAGCAAUGGAACAUCAAACGAUAAGCAUUACGAAAGCUGGGAUACAAGCCACCUUGAAUGUCAGGACAUCAGUCCUUGCAGCAGCUAAUCCUGUUUGUGGUCGAUAUGAUAAAUCUAAACCACUGAAGUGGUGGUCUUACCACGCCAUUUUCAGUAAAACGUUAACCUUCCACCUGCAAUUCUCUCGAGUGGAUUACGACAUUCCCCAUCAUAUUAUGAGAGUUCACCAGAAUCAUGAAGCAGCGCUUUCUCCUGAAUUUACUACCGUACAACUAAAGCGCUACAUUGCAUAUGCGAAAACCUUAAAGCCAAAGGUAAUCCCAGAAAAAAGAAAGCUACUGGUCGCGUCUUAUGUUGAUCUACAUAGAGGCGAUACAACUCCUGGCACAAGAGUUGCAUAUCGAAUGACAGUUAGGCAGCUGGAGGUACUGAUCAGGCUCUCAGAAGCCAUUGCUAGGAGUCACUUGGAAACUCUUGUAAAACCAAGUCAUGUUAUCUUGGAUCUCAAACUGCUGAAAACUUCGGUCAUUAAUGUUAGGCCUGGCAACAUUGACCUCUCUGAGUAUCAAGAUGCUAACGGUAACAACAUGGAAACGGGUGAUAUUGAAAACCCUGGUACUGGAGAUGAAGAUCAACAAAAUGGUGCAGCUGAACCAGCUUCUGCCACUGCAGCUCCAAAACUGGUGCUUAGUGAGGAAGAGUAUGAUAGAAUCACACAGGACUUAGUCAUUCGUCUUAGACAACACGAAGAAACUGUUAGCAAAGACGGUAAGCAACAUCACUCUUCAACUCUCCAUGCUAAUGAGCUCUUUCUUCAACUCUUGAAACACAUGAAUUGUGUGUCGAGUAACUCUUUUUCUUCUUCAUGUUCUGAAUUGCCUGGCAUAAGACAAAAGGAACUGAUUCGAUGGUACAUCGACCAACUGAACGAGCAAGAUCAAGUCAAACUAGAUAUUAAGAAACUCAGAGCCAUCAUUGAGAGUUUGGUGUGUAAAGAAGGCCACCUUAUAGUGUUAGCCAAUGAGCUAGAGGCGACAGAAGAUGAAAAAACAAGAAGAAAAGCUUCACAAAGAGAUGAGAGGAUUUUGCUGUUGCUCCAAAGUCCAAACUAUGAGAUCGAGUGA